AUGAAUUACGAGGAGGGGUUAGUGCUCGUGGAUGUUUGGGAGCGUCGUAUUGUCAUUUCCAUUAAGCUCGGAGGGGCGGGGCCGAGGCCAGCACGCCCCAGCGCACGCCCUGUAUCAGCGAGCACCCCACACGCAGCGGAGUUCCGUCCGCGCCACCGAGCUGCUAUUACACGAUCCACAUCGAAUAUCUCAGAUCUAUCAUUAAUCAGGAUAGUGCCGACCAGCGUGGCGGAGCGCGAUAGCGGCGGCGGAAUGGGUGAGUGGAGGCGAGAGGCGCCGGCGCUGCUGAGCACGGCUCUGCUGCUGGGCGGGCAAGCGUCGCUCGCGGAUCGCCCGCCGCCGCCGCUCUUCACCAUCGACAGCAUCCUGGCGCCGCGACCUCCGCCCCAGAUACCGCCCUUGCAGCUUCAUCAUCUGGCGCACACACCUUUCCACAGAGCACAUGAAUUAUUUGGUGUAGGUAAUGCAGUGACAAACGCGAGUAACUAUGCAAACCUGUACGGAGGGUACGCGGCGGCAGCGCUGGCUGGCUUAUCAGGUCCUCCGCCGAAACGCAAGCGACGGCAUAGAACCAUCUUCACAGAAGAGCAGUUAGAACAAUUAGAGAGUACAUUCGACAAGACCCACUAUCCAGAUGUGGUGCUUCGCGAGCAACUAGCGUUACGUGUAGAUUUGAAGGAGGAAAGGGUCGAGGUCUGGUUCAAAAAUCGUCGGGCGAAGUGGCGCAAGCAAAAACGGGAGGAACAGGAGAGACUUCGUAAACUUCAGGAAGAACGGGCUUGCGGUCGGGCGUUAGCUCAACAGCGGGCGCAGAUGUCUUCUCCCCUGCGACCGCCUCCUGCGCCACCAACACCUCGCUCAUAUACUGACGAAUCUGAUGAUUCAGACCUUGAAGUUGCUUAG